AUGCAGCAAGAAGAGGCUCCGGCCUCGUACCAAGAUUAUCAGUCUGGCACGCCACCUCGUCCGCCUUAUUCACCAGUGACACCAGUGUUUGCCCAACUCGUGCCGCUCCCUUCCGAUGAGCCUAGAAUCGCCCCGCCACCUGCAUCUCCCUCUCCUAGAUCACACUUUCCACCGUCAUAUCCCGACUAUUCACAACAUACUCCCCCAGCAAACCCACCUGUCUUCAUACCCCAACCACCCCCGGUCGCCAUCUCCGACAGCGAGAAUCCAGAUGCGAUCGCGCUCCGUUCCGCUAUCACGAUCCUGCAGAUGCAGAAGCAGCAAAGCUUGCGCGACAUCCAGGCAUUAAAUCGCUUGAAGGACUCCGCUGCCGCUGACCCAGAGCGCUUUGCGCAUCAGUUGGCAGCAGGCGCGCUGAAGACCGAGAACCACGGUGCGGUAAUCCAGUUCUCGGACGUUGCGACAGACGACAAGGACGAGGACGAGGAAGCAGAUCCUAAACCCACGAACCCAGACCGUUCACCGUCUUCGGACUUUGGCCACAUCCCCAACCCGCAGAAUGUCGUUCGCAUGCCCCCAAUCAAUUGGGGCAAAUACCAGGUUGUCGGGGAGUCGCUUGAUCGCAUGCACGAGGAACAGUUACAUCGGCCGAGUUCGGGGGAGCCUGGACAGCGUGCACCAGAAUAUCUACUGGCCUCUCCAUAUAGGCCAUUGGUAGAUCAGUUGGUCACACCGAAAAGUGGCCGUCCUAGCAAGGCGAAGCAGACUUGA